AUGGCGGACAACAAGCGCAACAGCGUUGCGGGCAAGGUUGCGACACCGAACCUCAAGGCUGGCACCACAUCCAACAAGGACGUCAUUGACGCUGAUUCCAAUCUGUACAAGGCCGUGGGAUCGCGCAUCAAGAUUACAUGCGCUCCCGGCAAGAAUGUCCUCGAGGGCACUCUCUUUACGGCCUGCAACAUUACCCACGCCAUAGCCAUCAACACCGCGCCUGCCCCACCGAAUCCCUCAGCCUCUGCCCUCAGCCAGCCAGGCGAUUACCAUAUUAUCCCUUUCGCACACAUUGAAUCUUUUGAGAUUCUCGGAUCAGGCGAGCGGGCGCCUGAGUCUACACCGGGCUUCAACGGAGCACUCCCUAGCAUAUCCAAGGUUGACCUAGCGGCACUGCAAGCCCGUGAAGAUCAGACGAUUCGCGAAAUGAAGAAGAAGGAUGCGCAGAAGGGCAAGGGCGUUAGUGCGGAAGCGCAGGAGCUAUUCGAUGCCAUCUCGAGGACACUACCGACCCGCUGGGCAGACACUCAGAUUGUAGUUAGUGACUCAGUUUUGAUCCAAUCGCCAUACACCCUCGACAGCAUCCGAGCACCUGCCGACAAGGCGCAGGCUGAGAAGCACGUGCGCAAGAUUGUCGAGCACUACUACCAGCGCAAGAAGGGAGCACAAGCAGGAGUAGCACGCGCUCCGGUUGCUGUGCCCAAUGCCCCACGAAAGGGUGGCUAG